AUGACCACCCCCAGCCUAACCCUCUACUCCCACCGCUCGGGUCCCAACCCCUAUAAAGUGGCCAUCAUCCUCGAUGAGCUCUCCCUCCCCUACAACACCGUCUUCGUCGAAAUGGACGGCUCGCAAAAGGCCUCGCCGUACAUCGACCUCUGCCCCAACGGCCGCAUGCCCGCGCUCGUCGACCACUCAAACAACGACUACACCAUCUGGGAAUCGGGCGCCAUCAUCCUGUACAUCGUGUCCAAGUACGACACGGAGCACAAGAUCUCAUUCUCUAAAGAGAUGGACGACGAGUUGACGGGGCAGGCACUGCAGUGGUUGAUGUUUCAAAUGAGCGGCCAAGGGCCAUACUGGGGGCAAGCGGUCUGGUUCAGCCGGUACCACCCGGGCGACAAAAUCCCCAGCGCGAUCGAGCGCUACACAAAGGAGAUCCGCCGCGUGCUUGGCGUGAUUGAUCUCGAGCUGCGGAGGGGCAACAAGGAGUGGUUGGUGGGCGGGAAGUGCUCGUAUGCGGACCUGAGCUUUGUGCCGUGGAACUUGUACACGGAAACGUAUUUCGAGGGCACGGCGGUGGAUGGGUGGCGCGAGGAGCUUCCCUAUGCGGCGGCGUGGCAUAGUAGGUUGAUGGAGAGGCCGGCGGUGAAGGUCAACAAAGAGAGGCGGGAGGCGGCGAUUGCGGCGGGGGCGCCGGCGAAAUAA